CAGGACACUGGGUACCCAGCACUGAGCAGAUCUAUUCCUUUGGCUGAAAAUGAUGUACAGUGGCAAGAGUUUGCUCCUGGCUACCUUGGGGUCAGUGCUGCUCCUCCAUCUCUGCAGUGAGUCAGAAGCAGCGAGCAACUUUGACUGCUGUCUGCAAUAUACAGAGCAUGUCUUCCAUCACAGAUUCCUUGUGGGCUUCACACAGCAGCUGGCCAACGAAGCCUGUGAUAUCGAUGCUAUCAUCUUUUACACAAAGAGGAAAUUAGCUGUGUGUGCAGAUCCAAAGAAGACCUGGGUGAAAAAAGCUGUGCGUGUCCUCAGCCAAAGAGUCAAAAAGAUGUAAAACCAGAUUCUCUUGUGGAAUGGAAUUAGACACAGCCCAGAACAAAAGGAUCCCAGCAGGGGUUGGAAGUCUCACUGGAGACACAUUUUCAGCACUUGCCUGACCUGUACAUUAUUGGACUUGUCCAAUGGAAGAAGUUGAUUCAUAUUGCAUCAUAGUUUGCUUUGUUUAAGCAUCACAUUAGUUAUGCUCUAUUUUAUGUUAAGUUAUUUAUAGCUGUAGGUUUAGCUAUUUAAUACCAAUUUCCCAUAAGCUAUGUGGCUUAGUGCAAGGUAUGGGAAUAAAAUUAUAUGGCCUUCUUGCAAACAAUAAGCUAUUCCAAAAAAAAUUUAAUAUUCUUUUGUGUACAUAAUUUUGUCUUCUAAAUUGUUGUAAUGUUAUUAGAAAAGAUAAAAAUGAUUAUAAGAUGGAAAUAAAACA